AUGACAACCCGACUUCACCUCACCCUCCUCGUCCUCCUAAGCUCGUCAAGCCUCGUUUCCUCCAUCCGUCGAGCCUCCGACAACAACAGCCCGCUCGCCGCCUACCUCGUCACCGUCCGCCGCCCGGAUGGCCUGCUCAGCGCCGACGAGCCGGACGCGUCCGAGAUGUGGCACACGUACCUCCUCGGGCAGGUGUGCAACACCAGCGACCCGGCCACGGCGGAGCGGUUCCCGACGGCGGAGUCGCGGCUCAUCUACUCGUACAGCCACGUGGUGAGCGGCUUCUCGGCGUGGCUCACGCCGCAGGAGGUCGAUGACAUGGCCUGGUUCCCCUGGUUCGUCGAGGCCGUCCCGGACAAGAGCUACAAGCUGAUGUCCGCUGACACGCCGACGCCGGAGCUCUCCUGGCUCGACGGCGUUCGGGACGGCGUGUGGAACAAGGGCAACAUGGGCGAGGGGAUCACCAUUGGCGUUCUUGACGCUGGCAUCGCCGCAGGUAACCUUCCGGCCAGCCCCGAUGCCGAAGGGAUGCCGUCGCCUCCGGCUAAAUGGAAGGGCAGCUGUGAAAAUAGCGAAGCGUGCAACAACAAGCUGAUCGGGCUGAGGACUUUCGUUGACACGAGCCGUGCUUUGGGCGCCGCCAUGUUCAUCGGCGAGGUCGGGAACAUGGCGCAACCGUCGAACGGCGAGGUUGGCAGCUUCAUGCAGCGCGCGUCGGUUCUUGGGAUCGAGUACGACAAGGCGUUCGAGGUCGCGCCCAAGGCGCACCUCGCCAUCUACCGCGUGUGCAACGAGGGGUGCCACCCGGCGGCCGUGAACGCCGGGAUGGUCGCCGCGGUGGACGACGGCGUGGACGUCGUAUCGAUGUGCGUCGGCACCAAGGACAACGCGGUGUUCCACGACGUUGACGUCACGGCACCGUCGUACAAGGCCUUCGCCCGGGGCGUGCUGGUUUGCGCCCCCGCCGGGAGCAGCGGGCCGGACAUGUUCAAGAUCGAGAGCAGCGCGCCGUGGCUGCUCACCGUGGCGGCCAGCGACAUCGACCACCGCGUAGUCACCAACGUCGAGCUCGGCAACGGGAUCCUAAAGCCCGACGUCAGCGCGCCCGGCGCGGACACACUAGCGGAGUCCCCACAUGGUGGCAAGUACACCGACGCGCAGAUCAAGGCGGCCACCUCCAUGGCAGCGGCGCACGUAACUGGCGUCGCAGCGUUGAUCAAGAAGGCGCACUACGAGUGGUCGCCGGCCGCGAUCAAGUCGGCGCUCGUUACAACUGCCGAUCCAGUCGGCCCUGGGGACGCCUUGGUCGGCGAGGGCGCGAGCUACUUCGUGACGGGCGCCGGCGAGGUGAACCCCGUGAAGGCCUUGGACCCGGGCCUCGUAUACGACCUCACCGCCGGCGACUUCAUCCCGUACCUGUGCGGCAAGAGCCUCGGCGAGGACCAGACGCGCCAGAUCGUCGAGACGGCGGGCGCCUCGUGCGCGGAGACCGGGGAGGUCACGGCGAAGGACAUGAACUACCCUUCCAUCAUGAUCGUCAUGGGCGACGGCGCGCAGCAGGUGGAGGCGAAGCGGACGGCGACGAACGUCGGGGAGCCCGCGGAGACGUACCGCGCGGAGGUCACCGCGCAUGGCGUCGACGUGGCGGUGAACCCGUCGACGAUGGUGUUCGGUGACAUUGGCCAGCAGAGGGAUUUCGUCGUCACGAUCAGGAGGCAGGCGAGCACGCCGGCGAAGGCGGUGAUCGAGGGCGAGCUGAAGUGGGUGUCGGAGAAGCAUGCGGUGCGGAGCCCCAUGGUCGUUGUCGUAGGAGAAACUGUUGCGUCUUCUGCCGGUCACUCUUAUGGUGCUGACGUGGCAAGUAUCGAGAGUUAG